AUGCACCCCGGCCACACAAUCACCCCGGUGGGGCCGCGGAAGGCUCUGGAAGGGUGCCUGCGGAUGCCCACCUGCGGGCACCUCAGCCGGCUGCACGGGACCGGCGGCCCCGGGGCAGGCGCGGAGGCUUCCCGACACCGUCCUCUCCCCCGCCGCGUGCGGUCUCGGGUGCGCGUGUGUGCGCGGCGGGGGGAGCAGGGGGCGGACACAGUGGAAAUUUCCACUCCCUGCAGCAGCCACAGCAGCCGCCACCACCGCGGCGGCGGGAAGGAGGAAGGCGGGCGCAGGCCCGGAGCCGCCGCAGGGGAGAGGCGGCUCCCGCCCCGCCGCUCGGCCCGCCCGGCUCAGAGCCCCCCUCCUCGGUGCCGGGCGUCCCCCAUUCGGCCCCCCGGGAGCAGGGGCGGCGGGGCAGCCCCCGGGCGGGCUGUUGCUCGCGAGGCCGCGGCGGCGGAGGCGGUGCCUGCGGCGGGCGGGGGGCGGCGCGGCGGAGCGUGCGCAGCUGCCGGCGCCCUUUAA